AUGUCCUCUCUUUCUGUGGCUGAUCUGUUUGGCGUCAAAGGCCGAGUAGCCCUGGUGUCCGGGGGAUGCUCGGGUCUUGGGUUGAUGAUCGCAAAGGGUCUGGUAUCGAACGGUGCAAGGGUAUAUGUCACUGCAUUACCGACGGACGACAUUGAAGCAGUCGUGGCCGAGCUCAAUGAAAUGGGAAAAUCAUCGGGGGGCAAGGCUGUGGGGUUUGCAAGUGAUUUGGCUUCAAAAGACGGAAUUGCUGCUGUUGCCAGAGAACUUGAAAAACAUGAGACUCACCUGGACAUUCUCUGUUCAAACGCUGGGAUCAGGAGAGAUCCACCAAAGAUGUGCAACGUCAAAACCGCGUCCUUGGAUGAGUUACAGGAGUCUCUCUGGUCUUCACGACAUUCGGACUGGGAUGAUACCUUCCGGGUUAAUGUCACGGCCCACUACUUCUUGUCCGUUGCAUUGCUGAAAUUGUUGGUGGCGGCGAGCAAUCUGGACAUUGGGAAUGGCCGAAAGGGUCGAGAUGAGGGUCGCGGGGUGAUUAUCAUCACUAGCAGCUGUGCCAGCAUGCAUAACUGCACAAAUGUCGAUUUGACCAGCUAUGCGGCCAGCAAAGCGGCGAUUGAUCAUUUGGUUGCCCUGCUGGCGAGUAAGUUCGCCAGAUGGUACGUCAGAGUCAAUGCCAUCAACCCAGGCUUUGUCCCCAGUAGAAUGAACCCGGUUGAAGAAGGCGAUAAUCAAUUUGCAGAGCUGUUCAAGGCAAUGCCAGCAGCAAGGAUAGGCAAAAUGGAGGAUAUUGCAGGGGCCGUGCUAUAUUUGAGCAGCCAAGCAGGGGUAAGUUCAUCCGUGGUUGCAACCAAGAGCGGGAGAUUUGCUAAAAUGUCGCAUUUCAGGCUUAUGUGGACGGAAGAUGCCUCUGUGUCGAUGGCGGACGAGUUCUUCUGGCAAAUGGGCAAUAAGAACGUGAAGUUCUGGAAUCCUUAG